UCAGAAACUGGACACACCUGCAAGAUACAUAAGAGACAAUGAAAUCUGCAGUUCUCUGCUCACUUGUGAUCCUCACUAUUAUCUGCCAUCUAAGCUUCUCUGUACUCAGUGAUGGGGGUAAUACCAACUUACAAAAUCUUGAGGGGGGGAUGGAUGAGUCAAAUUUGCUGACCACUCUUCUCAGAACCAAACGUCAGUCCCACUUGUCUAUCUGUCGGUACUGCUGUAACUGUUGCAAAAACAAAGGCUGUGGCCUCUGCUGUCGCACAUAAGUCACCAGUACAUAGUUUAUAAACCCUUGGUGCCAUCAUCUCAAUGAAGAAUUUAUAACUGACACGUAGCAUCACAGAGCUCUGGACACACAAACUGCACAGUCCA